AUGAUUACCCAGAGAAUGAAGCCUCUAAUGGAGAAUAUAAUAUCUAAUUCGCAGAGUGCAUUUAUUCCAGACAGACUGAUUACUAAUAAUAUUCUUGUGGCUACAGAAGUGGGACAUUACUUGAAUAGAAAACAGUGUGGGGCUGUAGGAUGGGGUGCUCUCAAACUUGAUAUGGCCAAAGCUUAUGACCGUAUGGAAUGGCCUUUUCUCCGUGGGAUGUUAAUAACCCUGGGAUUUAAUGAUAGAUGGAUUGAUUUGAUUAUGUUAUGUGUCACCACAGUGUCGUAUAAUUUUAUGAUCAAUGGCUCCCGUAAUACCCCCAUCACGCCCACGCGUGGCCUACGCCAGGGAGAUCCAUUAUCCCCAUAUCUGUUCAUUAUCUGUGCGGAAGGGCUCUCAGUUCUAUUACAACGGGCACAGGAUAAAGGAUUAAUACAUGGUUGCAGGGUUGCUAGAGGUGCACCUCCUAUCUCUCAUUUAUUCUUUGCGGAUGAUAGCUUACUGUUUUUCAGAGCAAAUAUGCAGGAAGCAUCUGAGAUAAAAAAUUGCUUAUUGUUAUACGAGAGCUUAUCUGGCCAGAAGGUAAACUAUCAUAAAUCCAGUAUAUGUUACAGCAGGAAUACGGGGCAAUAUGAUAAGGACAUGGAGGCACAGAUCCUAGGUGUUACUCAAGCACCUAAUUUUGGGAAAUACCUAGGACUACCCUCUUUUGUGGGAAGGAAUAAAAAGGCUGCAUUUGCAUAUAUUGAGGAUAGGAUCAGGCAAAGGAUUGGUUCUUGGAAUAAGAAAUUAUUAUCUCAGGCAGGAAAGCAGGCAUGGAGACUGCUCACUAACACUGACUCAUUAGUAGCCAAAGUUUACAAGGUCAGAUAUUAUCCAAGGGGUUCUUUCCUAGAGGCAACAAUGGGGAAUAAUCCAAGUUUUUGCUGGCGCAGUAUUAUGGCAGCUAAAGACCUAGUAUGUGGUGGAAUAAGGAGACGAAUUGGAAAUGGAAAAUCUACCUUAAUAUGGGAGCAUCCUUGGUUGCAAGAUGAACUGGAUCCUAUGAUUCACACAGAAAUGCCACAACAACUGUCUGGAACCAGAGUGGUUGGAUUAAUUGAUCAGGAUACAGAGACCUGGGAUCCGCAUAUAUUAGCUGAUAUUUUCCAGUCAAGUGAUAUACCUAGAAUCCAAAAGAUUCCAGUAGCCCCUGACUAUGAUGAUAUAUGGUAUUGGUAUGAUGAUCCUAAUGGAAUUUAUUCAGUUAAGAGUGGAUACAGGCGCAUAGUUGCUGCAAUUUUAUACCACAUAUGGAGGACCCGAAACGGAGCGGUCUGGGAUGCCUGUUUGCUGAGACCAACGAAAGUGCUAACAAUUGCGAUGGCAACGAUGAAAGCAUGGAAAGAAUUCCACCAUCGUGCACCGUCACGGCUGGCCGCUCAACCCGCCACUGCCGCCUCACCGAACACCACUGCCGAACCACCUCCUCCGGGCGACGACACUGCCGACAUCGAUCUACCUCCGCCACACGCAUAUCCUCCGGGCGACGACACUGCCAACGUCGAACUGCCUCCACCACACGCAUAUCAGCCGGAACUUCCACAUGGGGCGGGAGUAAGGCCUGUGAAGUGUUAUGUAGAUGCAAGCUACAAUCAUGGAACGAACGCAGCAACAAUUGGCGCGGUGCUCUUCGACGCCGAUGGCAAUUAUAUGUCCGCUUUCAGUGCCCCCUACUGA